AUGGCCUCGCAAAUACAUUUCCUCGACAUCAAGGGAAAACCGCUCUUGUCGCGGAACUACAAGGGCGACAUCGAGCCCUCGGCCAUCGAGCAAUUCCCGCUUCUUCUUCUUGAGUUGGAAAACGGCGACGAAGAUCUGCAAUACCGCCCGUUUGUGACCAGCAAAGGCAUCAACUACGUGUUCAUCAACCACAACAACAUCUACGUCUGCGCGUUGACCCGCAAAAACGACAACGUGAUGACCAUGGUGGUGUUUCUACUGAGACUUAUAGAGGUGCUCACACAGUACUUCAAGAGCUUGGAGGAGGAGUCCAUCCGCGACAACUUUGUGGUGAUCUACGAGCUCUUGGACGAAAUGAUGGAUUUCGGCGUUCCGCAGAUCACAGACACAAAGAUCUUGAAGGAGUACAUCACCCAGGACUACUACAAGUUGAUCCGCAAAACAAGACAGGUGCAGCCGCCAAACGCGGUGACAAACGCCGUCAGUUGGCGUAAGGAGGGUAUUGCUUACAAGAAAAACGAAGCCUUUUUGGACGUGGUGGAGUCCAUCAACAUGCUUAUCAACGCCAACGGACAGGUGCUUAACAGCGAGAUUUUGGGUGAGAUCAAGAUGAAAUCCAAGCUCAGUGGAAUGCCCGACCUCCGCUUGGGCCUCAAUGACAAGGGCAUCUUCUCCAGUAGCACAAAUGACGACGACACGCCUUCGGAGCUGGGCGCCUCUGGCUCUCGCAAAAUCGAAAUGGAGGACAUCAAAUUCCAUCAAUGUGUGCGCUUAUCCAAGUUUGAGAACGAGCGCAUCAUCACCUUCAUUCCUCCCGAUGGUGAGUUCACCGUCAUGUCAUACCGUUUGCUGUCCACACAAUUCUUGAUGAAGCCCUUAAUCUUGGUCAACUGCAAGACCGUGGUGCACAAGCAUUCGCGUAUCGAGAUCUUGUGCUCUGUCAAGGCGCAGAUCAAAAAGAAGUCCACUGCAAACAAUGUAGAGAUCAUCAUCCCGCUACCAGAAGAUGCAGACACGCCCAAGUUCACAAGCGAGUACGGCUCAACCAAAUGGGUUCCUGAAAAGUCAUGCAUGAUCUGGAAGCUCAAGACAUUCCCAGGAGGCAAACAAUACCAUAUGCGUGCAGAGUUGGGCUUGCCCGCUGUUGUUGACCAGGAGAUGGAGUUGCUGAAGAAGCCCAUCAAGGUCAACUUUUCCAUUCCCUACUUCACCACCUCUGGCAUCCAGGUGCGCUACUUACGAAUCAACGAGCCCAAGCUCCAGUACCAAUCCUAUCCAUGGGUGCGGUACAUCACAAAGUCAGGAGAAGACUACACCAUCAGAACCAAGCAGUGA